GUGUGUGCGUGUGUUAGUGGUGCGCAACUUUGUACCGAACUCGGAAAUUCUAGUUUUUGCUGAGGUCUCGUUGCCGACGAGAACAGGCGCUUCAUGAAUAUUUCGGAAUUCUCGGUGUUCUAUCCCUGCUUGUUAUGGCCCCAGUUUUUCACGUAUUUUCCCGUACUAUCGCGUAACUGUUUUCAUAAUAAUUCACUUCGGUCCCCUCUUGACCUCUAAUUGAUUUUAGAAAUGUGCGUCGCGAGUGCGUAGUGAUUACCAGUUGGGAUUGUAAUGGAUACCGAGAAGAACAGCGGCAAAUGGCGAAGAAGGAGUGUUUCUCUUGAAUCUGUAUCGGCACAUCUUUGAUUUUGAGUUUUGUUCGUUGUGAAAGUAACACUCGAUUGUGAAAAUUUUCAACCAGUCUCAAUCAAGCUGUUCCAAGCUAGCAGCCCUUGUGUUCUCACUUGUGUCUUCAAGCUAACAUUGAUCUUCCGGAGUGCCGGUUUCAUAUCUUACGGUUUCCAAUAACGAGGAGUGUUUCAAUCAAUCUACUGCAUACCUUGUAUGCAGUAUUGCAAAGUAAUAAAUAUCUCAUGAGGUCGGAUCUGACUAGAGCCAAAUUUUGAUACUUAUUGCAAUUCAGUUGCCUGCAGACAGUUUUUUAUCUUAAAAUGAGCAUUACAUUACCCUCCGCAGCAUAUAGUGAAUUUCUCUCGCAAAAUACCUGUGUCUUGUGCAGUGAAUCAUUGGCUAUGUUUCGAUGAAACGGUCAGCGUCAGUUUUAGACAUUUCCUCGUCAUAAAAUCAUGUCCUCCGGUACCUUCGUUGAUAGGAUUGAUCCAUUUGCUAAGCGGUCACUCAAGAAAAAGACAAAAAAAUCCCAGGGAUCCUCAAGGUACCGGAACUCUGCUGAUGUGGAGCUUCAGCAACUGCCAGCCCUUAAAGUAGACGUGCCAGCGGCGGAGCAAGAGGAGCUCUUCAUCAGGAAGCUGCGCCAAUGCUCCAUAGUCUUCGACUUCAUGGACCCCAUGAGCGACUUGAAAGGGAAGGAGAUCAAACGGGCCACCUUGCACGAGCUCGUCGACUACGUCACCACCGGCAGAGGUGUUCUCACAGAGCCCGUCUACCCGGAGAUCAUCAAAAUGAUCUCAGCAAACCUGUUUCGAACGCUCCCACCUAGUGAAAACCCAGAUUUUGAUCCAGAAGAGGAUGACCCAACUUUAGAGGCAGCUUGGCCACAUUUAACGUUGGUAUACGAAUUGUUUCUAAGGUUUCUUGAAUCCAUAGACUUUCAGCCAACGAUUGGGAAAAAAGUCAUAGACCAAAAAUUUGUUUUGCAGUUAUUAGAUUUGUUUGAUAGUGAAGAUCCCAGGGAAAGAGAUUUCUUAAAAACGGUUCUGCACCGCAUUUAUGGAAAGUUUCUUGGACUUCGGGCAUUUAUUCGUAAACAAAUAAACAAUAUUUUCCUCAGGUUUGUAUAUGAAACGGAACAUUUUAAUGGCGUAGGAGAAUUACUUGAAAUUCUGGGCAGUAUCAUUAAUGGGUUUGCUCUACCACUCAAAGUAGAGCACAAGCAGUUCUUGGUCAAGGUGCUAAUUCCUCUGCAUAAAGUUAAGUGUCUGUCGUUAUACCAUGCCCAACUAGCUUACUGUGUGGUCCAGUUUUUGGAGAAGGAUCCGACCUUAACUGAGCCUGUUGUCAGAGGACUAUUAAAAUACUGGCCCAAAACAUGCAGUCAGAAAGAGGUCAUGUUCCUGGGAGAAGUAGAAGAAAUUUUAGAUGUCAUUGAACCUGCGCAGUUCACUAAAAUUCAAGAACCUCUAUUUAGGCAAUUAGCUAAAUGUGUGUCAAGUCCGCAUUUCCAGGUUGCAGAGCGGGCUCUGUACUUCUGGAAUAACGAAUACAUUAUGAGUCUGAUAGAAGAAAAUAAUCAAGUUAUUAUGCCCAUUAUGUUUCCUGCUCUGUAUCGGAUAAGUAAAGAGCAUUGGAACCAAACAAUCGUAGCCCUUGUUUAUAAUGUUCUAAAAACGUUUAUGGAAAUGAAUAGCAAGUUAUUCGAUGAUCUAACUGCAUCUUAUAAAACCGAAAGGCAGAAAGAGAAGAAGAAGGAGAAGGAACGAGAAGAAAUGUGGAAGAAAUUGCAAGAAUUGGAAAUUAGUAACAAACUUAAAGAAGCAAAUAGUAAAAAGUGAUGCUGCGCAUGCUAAAAUGCCAAGAACUUAUCCGUAACAUAAAUCUUUUUUAAUUCAUUUUUACUCGUUUCUAUGACCUCGUCUUUCCGAGAAGACUGUUGUGUAUUGAUUUACCGAAAAAAUCUAAACUAAAGUGUAAAGAAACCGUCGGGAUCAAGAGUGAAAACUUGAACCGAAAUAACCAUCAAUUGCAGUGGCUCCCAAAACUCCCUCAGUAGAUGGUGAUCCACUUCAAUUACUUUUCUUAGUCCCAUGUCUCAAUAGGAACUAGAACCUUUUAUCCAAAGAUGAGUGAGAAUCAUCUUUUUUAUUGCCAAAAAUUGGAUAAAUUUUGCUUUAUGCAGUGGGCGAAUCUGUUCUCAACAGAGUAUUCAAAAUAUCUGUUUUGAAUUGUUAUUCCUUUAAGCCAUCCGUUUCCUACUACCUGAGCCAUCAAGUUCAGAUAGCAGUAGUAAGUGAAUGCGCAUUAGUGUUAUCUGUAAAAAAAAUUCAUUUUUAUUGUACAAUUGAAAAUUAUUCCCUUGAAAACGCGUACAGUGGAAUAAUCCUAAAGAGGUGAAAAUCUUAAAUAAUGCAGCUAUGAAAAUAUCGCUUCAACCGGUUUUCCAGUUUUUAUCAGGCGGAUAGUCCCAAAAAAUUGCACAAAUCCUAGUGUGAGCUCAUCGUGGUAACUUGAACCACAUUAGCACUCCUGAAUUACUGACCUCCGCGCAAUGAUCCGUGCUAAUGAGGAUAUGAAGUACCAUCUCUGAUUGACAGUUCAUCGUCAAAUUGAAGAAAUGAAGGAGAGGAACAACAACAACAACAACAACAAAAUCUCGAUUGUCAGAUUGUUCCUUAAGGAUUUUUUAAUUUAAGCAGAGGUACUAUUUAUUCUUUUCAAACCUCGGGUUCUCAUAUCUUGCAUUACUACUGGGGAGGAAAUUCGGGAGCCACUAAUCUUGCAUAAUUGUAAUUAAGAAAGCUCUAGAUUUUUAUCCUUGCGUCCUAAAUUGAUUGAUGAAAAUUUUGAGUUGGUCAAUUUUGCCCAGGAAUCAUAAUUUCACUGGGUACUCGCACCGUUGGAUUUUCAUUUAAAGCUUUCUCAUCGCUCUGGAUCUUAACCAUAAUCCAGUACCUGUGUGUGAUUAGCUCAUACGUUAUCUUUUGUCAUUCGAACAACCCUGGUCGAGCCUCGCAAGUAGCCACCCACAGAUCUUUGUCGGUGCAUGAAGCAUUCUCUAACUUUUCAUAAAAUUAUGAAGGAAAAAGUAGAUAGACUGGUCACUUAAAGUAUUUUAUUUCUGUCUGUUAUAAAAUGAAGUAGGUAAGGAAAAACAUGGAAUCACUCUCUGCUGAAGUAGAAAAAACACUACAGGUUUGAAGCGUAGAAGUUGCCAUCCUUCGUUCUUGAAGAAAAGGCUCCGUUCUGGACCAAAGACUGAAAAAGAUUUCACAUGAUCUCUCGCUACUUUUUAUUAACUGAAUGUGAGCCUCAGUGCUAAACCUGUCUGUCAAAUCAUAAACUUUUCGUAGGGUGCUUUUGACACAACUAAACUACAUUCAGUGUCUGUUGGUGGCUUCUCAUGUUGCUCCAGGCCAGUUUUCUAUAACAAUUUUGAUUUAUUCAUUACCGAAGAAAGUGAUAACGUUGUCCCUUAAUUGUACUCAAGUCAGCCUUUUAACUUAGUCCUUCUCCUAUAAUUUCUCUUCGUGUAUCCUUUGUUACUUUUGAUUGAAUUUUUUAGUCACAGGUUGUCUUGAAUAAAAGGUGGUGAUUCUAUUGCCACAUUAUGUGGUUGACUCUGUGCAGUUGAAAAAAAGCUGUCUAUUAUCCCUUUGUAGAAUUUAAAAAAAUUUAAUUUCUCAAGAUUCUCAAGAUAGAUUAGUUAACAUCAAGAAAGUAUUCUAUAAUCGUUCACGUACCAAUAUAUGCAUCAAGGCAGGCAAAGUGUAAAAAUAUUCUGACUCAUCAGUCAUCAGACCUCUUCUGUCAAAUUUUAGAUUAACUAUCAUAAGUUAUUAUCUACUUUUUUUAAAUUGAAUUUUAUCAUCAAAUGCCUUUACAGUCAGCAACAUGUGUCUAAAACAUUCCACAAAUUGCAUGAAUUGAUUUUUUGCGCAGAUCUAGUCCGUGUGAGCUGAUAUAGGUCUGAAGUAUGCAGGCCAUACUAUUAUGAACUAUGCAGGUCUCCCAAUUUAUUGAAAGAAAGACUGUUUACUUUACCUCAGGCUGAUCCCAUUCAAGGUUGUCCAUAUUAGAGCUACUCAGUAAAGAUGUUUUACAAUUUUUUAAGGAUUAAAAUGGCCGUGCAAAAUCUGACCACAAUCCUCGAAAAUUAAUGCCACAUCGGCAAGAGAUUUCGAAGGAGAAUACCACCUGCCCCUGAUUUUUCUUCCCAAAGUCAGGACCCGACUUUGGUCACAUUUGCCGGUCGUAACUUUCAGAAGUAAUUCUAUCUAGGUGUAUCCCUUCUGUUUCCUUUUCUUCCUUCUCUUAGGAUCAUUUUACAUUGUUCCAUGAAGCUUGAUUUUAUGCCAGGAUGCAUGUGUUGAUCAUAAACUAAUAAAAUAAUGUGCCUACCUUUCUUUUUGUCAUCUCUUGCGGUGAUUGAACCAUCAUCACAGCAUGUUGUUUGUCAUAGCACUCGGUCUCUGUUGCAUAAUGUUUUCAGUGAAAUCUUGCAUCUGCUCGAUAAAUUUCACUAGAUAUUUUGUGUUCUCUCCACCAAAAUUUAAUGUUAACGGACUGGCAGCUCAACGCUAGAAUACUGGAUGGAAGUAACUGUUGAAAUAUAGAAUGAAUCACUGAUUUUUUCUUAAGCUAGAUGUUGUCAGCUUUCACAACUUCAUUUUGUGUCCCUUUUUAUUUUUUAACCCAUGAUUGAUAUUUUGUUCUUGUAUUUACCCCACUUUAAAACUAACGAGUCCUCAUCGACUUGCAGAAAAUGUGAUGGGUCACUGUUUUUAAACGAACAGUGUGCACAUGUUGUGUUUUGAAUAACCAGAGUGUUCCAUCUUACUUUAAUACUGUAUGUACUGUAUAUUUGAGCUGUAAACAUCCUAGCCAAACUCAUUUUUCUUCAUAAUUUUUGUUAAAACAUUAUUUUAAGAAUGUUAAUCAAUAAACGCAAUAAUUGAUCGUACCUGGUCAAAACUUUAAUUUAUUCUGCAUUUGGUCUGAAAAAUUCAGGGUAUCACUACCAAAAUAACAGUCAGAAUAAGAUAAAAACUAAGAAUCAAGAAGAUUCACUCUUUUUCUCCCCUCCUUUUGUAAAGUACCUGGAGUUUUAUAAUUUUAGUUAUCUAUGAAAAAAGAAUAAUAAAUUAAAUUAGAACAAUC